GGUGAGCGCGCGGGUGUUUUUAAAAGAAAAACAGGAAUACACAUAAACAUGGCGGCUGAAAAUAAUAACAGAACCGUUUCAGAUGUAAAUAACCAUGAUGAAAGUGUCAGUUUUUCUCACAUUACCGCCGUAGCUACAGGAUGGAUGUCGGACUUCAUGUUUCUAAGUUUGUGUCGGCGUUUUAAGGAGGGCAAACGUGAGGAAUUCAACGAAACGCUCUCAGCUUUCCAGACCAUUCAGAAAUUAUCUCUUAAGAGAAAUGAGAAAGCAAAGAUCUGUGACUUCCUGGCAAGAGUCAUGCAUGGAAAGCUGCUGGAUGUGCAGUUUGGAGAUGAUGACUCUGUGAUGCCUCUGAUGUCGGCUGCCAGACUUUGGUCAGACCUCAAAAACACUGUGGCAGACGAAAGUUUGUUUAAAAACGUUGCCAUCCUUUUGAUUGUACAGUCUGUUGCUGUCUGCUUGGAGAAGGGUGAAAGGUCUUCAGCCUCCUCUGCCCUCAGGUGGUUUGGGAAUAACCUUGAACUUCCACAGGGUUUGAGAGUUAAGCUUUCGAAAAUAGUUGCACAGGUGGAGACUUACCACCCAUUCCUCAUGAGCUUCAGUUUUAGUCGCCUGCUGGAGACAGUCCAGUCCUACUUGGAUGCCUAUUUGGAGAAGAAUCCCUCUGACUACCUUCUCAAGGCAGCUUCAAAGAUGGUGCAGUCCUCACACAAAACUGAAGGUUUGGAGGACGAGGGGUCUCGGGACAGCUCUCUUUCAAAGAAGGCCAGUGAUGUCACAGAGGACAGAAAGAAAGGAAACACCACAUGUCACAGACCAAAGCGGAAACUACUCUCAACCAUAAAUACAGAUGUGUGGAAGCCUGAUACAUGCAAGAAGCAUCAUUUUUCUCUACGUCGAAUCUCCAGUAAUGCAUCAGAGUUAUCCCAGAUGACAGAAAAUUCACCAGACACAAAAAAGGUACAAAAAACAAGAAAACCCCCUCAAAAAUGGACCUCCCAGCUGGACAAGUACCUCAAGGAUGGUGUUAAACGUCACGGGCAGGGGAAGUGGUCUCGUAUCUUAAUGGAUUAUGACUUUGAAGGACGCACCGGCACCAUGCUCAAAGACCGCUGGAGAGUUCUAAGGAGGGCACAUGAAGUGGGAUAAAGACAGACAGAGCUUCUCUAAUUCGUACAAUGUAGCAUUUGACCUGUAAAUAAAAUCACCUGAUUUUUCUAUUGAUUUUUUUAAAAUAGUUUUAGUUGCAUGCUCUGCUGUGUUUGCACUGAAACAAUUUACCACCAGAGGGUGCUCAAGCACAGAACAGUGAUCUGGGUAACUUGGUCUGCUGUGACUGGGUAAAUUUGACAAUGUGUAACAAUCUGACAAUGUGUCAGUAAAACAUAAUUGUAUAUUUCA